AAAUCUCUUUUAUGCAGUUGUGUUACGUAUAAUAAUAACUUUAACUAUUUAAGUAGAGACAACAACCUAUUAGCAAACCCAGAAUCUAGAGAGAGAAAAUGGGAAGUACUACUGCGAUCGCCGGAAACGGCGUAUCUGACGCAGAAGCUGCUUUGCUGAACGACGCCGUAGGCGCUGCCACUGACUUCCGAGGUCGACCGGCGAGCCGGUCGAGAACCGGCAGAUGGAAAUCCGCUUCUUUCAUCAUCGGUGUUGAAGUGGCGGAGAGAUUUGCGUAUUAUGGAAUAAGCUCGAAUUUGAUAAACUAUUUGACGGGGCCGAUGGGGCAAUCGACGGCGGCGGCGGCGGAGAACGUCAAUGCCUGGAACGGCACGGCGACGCUCCUGCCCCUUUUGGGCGCCUUCGUCGCCGACUCAUUUUUGGGCCGAUUUCGCACCAUUGUUGUCGCUUCUGUGCUUUACGUAGUGAGUCUUGGCUUAUUGUCUAUGUCAGCUGCAUUUCAUUCAUCCAACUCUUCCCACUGCAAAACCAACGCAAACAACCCAGUUUGUUCGCCUCCGUCGCUGGAGGUUGUCAUCUUCUUCUUCUCCUUGUACUUGGUAGCAGUCGCGCAGGGCGGCCAUAAGCCCUGCGUGCAAGCGUUCGGAGCCGAUCAGUUCGACGACGAAGACGAGGAGGAGCUAAUAGCAAAGAGCUCCUUCUUCAACUGGUGGUACUUCUCCAUGAACAUAGGUAUCUUGGCAGCUCUCUCUGUUCUGAGCUAUAUUCAAGAGAAUCUGAGCUGGGGACUUGGCUUCGGAAUCCCCUGCAUCUUCAUGUGCUUUGCACUAUUCGUUUUUUUGCUCGGCUCCACGACUUACCGCUUCCUCCUUAGCAGCGAUGGGAGGAACCCAUUUCUGAGGAUCGGGCGGGUGUUUGUGAGGGCCGCGAGAAACCGGAGAGCUUCCCCUUCUGCUGUGGCUACGGCAGAGGAAGCUCGCGGCGACGGUGCCGACUUCAAGUUUCUUUACAAGGCAAUUCUCGCACCUCCCGACAAAAACGGGAACGUAUGCACCGCCUCGGACGUCGACGACGCCAUCGGAAUCCUGCGGCUCGCUCCGAUCUGGUGCACGUGUUUGGGAUACGCCGUCGUUUCUUCGCAAGCUUCAACUUUCUUCACCAAACAGGGCGCCACGCUAGAUCGCCACCUCACUCGUGGCUUCGAAAUUCCAGCCGCUUCGCUGCAAUCUCUCAUCAGCGUCUCCAUCCUCGCCUUCAUCCCUGUAUACGAUAGAGUUAUAGUUCCGAUCACGAGAUCUGUGAGCAAGAAACCCGCAGGAAUAUCAAUGCUGCAACGAAUAGGUGUUGGCAUAUUCCUCUCCUUGUUGAUCACGGCGGCUGCAGCCCUUGUUGAGGGGCACCGCCUCGACAUUGCAGCCGAGCAUGGGUUGCUCGACAAGCCGGACGAGACGGUGCCCAUGAGCGUGUGGUGGCUGGCGCUGCAGUAUCUGCUGCUCGGCGUUGCUGACGUGUUCACGAUGGUUGGCCUUCAGGAAUUCUUCUAUGAUCAGGUUCCUGUUGAGCUCAAGAGCAUAGGGCUUGCUCUUUACCUUAGUAUAUUUGGUGUAGGGAACUUCUUGAGCAGUUUCUUGAUAUCGAUAAUCGAGCUGAUCACGAGCCGAGCCGGGGCCGGGAGCUGGUUCUCGGACAACUUGAACCGCGCCCAUCUCGACUACUUCUAUUGGCUGCUCGCGGGGAUCAGCGCGGUCACGUUGGCAGCGUAUGUAUACUCUGCUAAAUGCUAUGCUUACAAGAAGAAAGACUAGCUAGAUUUGGGGAAAAUCAUUAUUCAUCUUCUUUCAAAUAUAGUAAAAAAAAAUGAGAGUGCAUUUGUAUAAUUGAGAGUGCAUUUACUUUUACUAUACAUGUAACGUGCAUUGAUAAUGAUUCAUAAUAGUGAAUAGUAAUAUGGUCUUAAAAUGUA